CAUGUAUCUAUACAAGAGAGACACGUUUGCAGUUGGAAUUCCAUCCCAAAGAGACUGGCCAAUAGGAGAGCUGAGCGCGUUACACGCUUAGUAUGUGCAAACAGUGUCUGGAUAAAAGCCCAGCAAUAUUUACAGCACGGCUGUUACUGUCACACGCCUUUCCUGAAUGAACGUAUCUUUUGGAAACAGAAAUGUAUUCAAGCCAUGUGCUUUUCAAUGCUGGAACGCAAAGCGUUUCUGUUAUUUUUCUGCUUCACUUACUUUUAACGGGGGCAACGGAAUUACCCAGCUGCAAAGAGUCUGAUUAUCAUUUUGAGUACACAGACUGUGACGUUUUGGGCUCUCGAUGGAGAGUAGCGAUACCCAACAAGCCUGAGACCUGCACUGGCCUUCCUGAUCCAGUCAAAGGCACCCAUUGCACAUUUAGCUGUAAUGAAGGCGAAUUUCUGGACAUGAGGACUCAAGAGUGUCAGAAAUGCGUUUCAGGGACCUAUUCUCUUGGGACGGGUGUUGCUUUCGACGAGUGGGACACUUUGCCCACUGGCUUUGUCAGCCAUGGCAUCAGUAUGAACUUAGGAGACACUCACACAAAUUGCUCCAACUCAACAUGGAUCCCAAAAGGUGAUUAUAUUGCGUCUAACACAGAUGAGUGCACUUCAACUCUUUCAUAUGCUGUGAGUCUAAAGAAGCCUGGAUCUGUGUCCUUCCAAUACUUCUAUCCAGACAACCACAUGUUUUUUGAGUUUUAUGUUCAGAAUGACCAGUGUCAGUCUACAGACUCUCAGCGUCGCUGGAUGAAGAUAUCAGAAAGUGAUUGGGAUUACCGUUAUGUGCAGCUGAGUAGUGGUAACAAUGUCUUGUACUGGAGAACAACAGGUUUCUCUCUGGCCGCUAACACUGCCAAAUCAGUUCUACUGAAGAAUAUUGCCAUCUCAGGUGUCUCGUAUACAUCUGAGUGUUUUCAUUGUAAGCCAGGUACCUAUAGUGAUAAACCAGGGGCUGCCCGCUGUGUGCCAUGCCCUGCUAAUUCGUAUUCUAAUAAGGGAGCCACUGCGUGCCAACCCUGUGAGGCGGACAAAUAUUCAGGACUUGGAUCUGGAAUCUGUCUACAGCGACUGCCCUGCACAACGACUGAUUACUUCUAUACUCACACACCAUGUGAUUCCAGUGGUCAGACACAACUGAUGUAUAAAUGGAUCGAGCCUAAGAUCUGCAGUGAGAGUGUGGAGGGGGCAGUGCAGCUUCCGGCUUCAGGGGAGAUGAUGGCCUGCCCUCCAUGCAAUCCAGGAUUCUUCUCCAACAACACCUCCAUCUGUGAACCCUGCCCACAUGGCUUCUAUUCAAAUGGCACAGAAUGCUCAGAGUGUCCUGCUGGAAUGGAACCAGUCGUGGGUUUUGAAUAUAAAUGGUGGAACAAAAUGCCCAACAAUAUGAGGAGUCCAGUCUUCAGCUCAGAAUACAGAAGCGUGGAGAGGAGCACAGGCUGGGAGGUUGCAGGCGAGUACAUCUACACCACACCAAGCAAUCAGGACUCUGACUACAUGAUGCUGACACUCACAGUACCUGGAUACAGCCUGCCUCAUUCCCUGCGUGAAGACAAUGAGAGAGUUCAGCUUUCCAGAAUAACAUUUGUGUUUGAAACAAAGUGUACAGCUGAUUGUAAACUGUAUUUCAUGGCAGGGCAAAAUGAAUGGAGUAAUAUUGUGGAGAGUUGGUCUGGCACUAUAGGGAAGCAGUCCUACUCUUAUCUUAUUAAAAGCAAUAACACUGUUAGCUUCACCUGGGGUUUUCAGCGCACUGGGCUCUUCAGUAUGAAAAAUGAAUACAGCUCUGACUAUGCUAAGAUCUACUCUGUUCGCCUCACUAAUGUGAUUGGGGGUGUGGCGUCAGAAUGUCAUCAGUGUGCUCUGGCUGCCGUUGACUCUGAGUCUGCCUGCGUCCCCUGCCCUCCAGGACACUACAUGCUGAACGGCACAGGAAUGUGUAAAAGCUGUCCAUCAAAUACCAUCAUCAGGCCCGAGCAGCCAAUCGGAAAGCAAGCCUGCAUACCUUGCGGAACCAAUACUUACAGUAAUGAAGGCCGUUCUGCGUGCAUGAGUGACUGUACUUUAGCACUGCAUCAUAAAGGAGAGAUGCUGAAUUAUGAUUUCUCACCGCUGGCAAAUGUCACUGGCUUCCAGAGCAGCCCACGCUUCACCAGUAAAGGGCUGCAGUAUGUCCACCAUUUCAGUGUGGCGCUGUGUGGGACAGAAAACAGGGCUCUUGCAUCCUGUGUGGAAAAUGUAACUGAAAGCAAGAGGAAUGUAAAAGGCUACAUCUGUCAGUCUACCAUAGUGCCUUCUGAGGUCAGGGGUCAGAGUGUUGUGUCCUCUCAGCCCUUCAGUAUUGCAGAUACUUUAAUCGGAGUGACAACUGACUUCAAAUUUGAUGACAUCUCGUCAUUGGAUGGCAACUUUCCUGUUGAAUCAGAGCUGCCUGAUGUCAUAUUCUAUUACAGAUCUAGAGAAAUGACACAAGCAUGUAAAAAUGGAAGAUCAGCCUCCAUUAGGCUCCGAUGUGAUCCCACUGUAACACUGAAGAACCAUGUUUCCCUACCAAGCAACUGUUCAGAGGGCACCUGUGAUGGCUGCUCCUUCCAUUUCCUGUGGCGCUCCCAGUAUGCCUGUCCUCUCUGCUCUGAGAGGAACUAUAAGGAGAUUGUGAGCGCUUGUAUCCAAGGAAUUCAGAGGACUACCUAUGUGUGGCAACAACCUCUGAGGUGCACAGGUGGGGUGUCACUGCCUCCUCAGAAGGUCAGUGCCUGUGUGACGCUGGACUUCUGGCUGAAGUUUGGUGUCUCCAUCGGAACUGUGGCUGCUAUAUUGCUCAUUACCAUCAGCUGCUACUUCUGGAAAAGGACACGCAAGCUGCAGUAUAAGUACUCAAAGCUAAUGAUGACUGCAGGAGAUAAGGAGUGUGAACUUCCAGCUGCAGAUAGCUGUGCCAUCAUGGAGGGAGAAGAUGCAGAGGAUGACCUCAUCUACCUCUCCAAGAAAUCUUUCUUCACUAAGAUCAAGUCAUUUUCCAGAGAGAGAACGUCAGAUGGCUUUGAUUCUGUUCCUCUAAAAUCAUCAGCUGCACAGGAGAUGGAGAUGAACUAGAACUUCUGAGACACAGAGAGAGCCAGCAAGAAAUGUUUGGCCUGUUACAAGCCAUCCUUGAAGCUAUAUCUGACAAUAUACCAUCAAUACUUUUAUUCCCAAAGAGACACUGAGCGAAUAAAAAAAUACUGAAAACAUGUCUGCCUUAUUCAAGUCACCUCAUAAACCUGUGAUUUCAGGCCUGGCAUAAGAAGAUUUUUAAAAACUUUUUUUUUAUGAUGUGAGUUUUUUUUAAAGACCUAUAUCAUUGUGUAAAUAGGCCUAUAAAGAUGUAUACCAAACCUGUAUGCUUGUGAAAGAUAAUGCUGGAAAAUUUACAUUGCAUUUGUUUGACAGGUCAUCAUGUGAUAUAUCAAAUAUUUUAUUUUUCUUCUCUUCAUUUGGGUCAGUGAGAGUUGAGCUACACCUGCCUUACAAGUGGUUACAAUAUGUUGCAGACAGUUUUCUUUUUUUAUCAUUCAUAUGUUUUGGCAUACUAGCAUUUAUGUUGUGUGGACCUUUUUUGUUAUGUUAUUUGUAUUUUAGGAAAUGUCAUCUUGUUUGUAAUGGUUUUCUUAAAGAAUAUAGCCUACUUGAUAAAGCUAAUGUGUCCAUUGUUAUUAAAU